AUGACGAUUACGGAUGCAAUCGAUGGAAAAGUCACUUGUGAAUUACCUAUAGAGAGGAUCCAUUUGAAUCGCGUAGGGUCUGUGCAUGGCGGCUUGCUGUCAACACUGGUGGAUAUAGGAGGUUCGUUAGCAAUUUGCGCAAAAGGCAUGCAUGCUACAGGCGUUAGCACAGAUUUGAAUGUUUCUUUUUUAAAUGCUGCCAAGGAAGGAGACGUCAUGUCCAUGCAGGAUGCCGAAUGCGUUAAAUUAGGCAAAACGCUUGCAUUUACCAUAAUCGAUAUAAAAAGUAAAGGAAAUAAUAAAUUGAUCGCUCAAGGACGCCAUACUAAAUACGUUGCCUUGGCUCAUAAAGAUGAUAAAAAUAUAAUUAAAUGGUAA